AUGCUUCAUAUGGCAGGUGCCGCCAGCAAAGUACACAUAGGAAUUGGUGCGCGACGCUUCAAGACACAAGAUUAUAUUCAGUGGUUGCUUUGCAUAUUGCUCGCGAGUGUCCUGGGUCAUAAACGGCUAUUGGGCCAACCGCACGGCCGGGGACCAUGGUCGCUGGGACAGCACCUAGCUCGACAACUGGCCAACUUCCUACCAGCCGAUCCCUCUGCAAGUUUUGAGGGCGCCCGGCGCGAGGAGAGCAGCGAGUUUCCAGGGCGGAUUAUCGUACAAAGGACUGAGGACGCUCUCACUGCAGCGCGGACAAUGCAAUCAGGCAGCGCCAUCUGGUCGGAUGGUUCAAGGCUCGAAAACGGCCGAAGCGGAGCCGGGAUUGCAUGGCAGGAGCUUUUCGGAGAGUGGAGGAUCCGGAGUUUCCCCCUUGUGAAAGGAAGAGAGGUCUUUGGUACAGAGCUUGUAGUAGCCGUGCAGGCCCUUCAGGCCGCACAGAAAAUGAAUGGCAGUGGUCCAAUCACAGUCCUACUAGAUUCCCAAGCCGCGAUUGCUCGGCUGCGACACACGCAAGCAGGCUCCGGUCAGGAACUGACGCUUCGAGCUCAUGCAGUGGCCAGAGCUCUAUAG